AUGGCGCUGAUGGUGGUUCCCGGGGAGCUGGUCCUGGGCAGGGUUAGGACUUCCGCAGUGCGACUCCUCCUGGUGCGCUGGGUGCAGGGCCCAGCGCGCGGCGGCGGGCAGCCUCCGGAGAACGUGGUGCGGAUCUCCCGGGCCAUGCAGCUGCGGCUGGCUCGGGGGCCGCCCAGGCGGGGCCGGGAGCUGCCAGUGGUUCCGACCCGGGCGGGGAAGCUGCUGUUGCGGAGCCGGCGGCCUCAGCUGAGCCAGCCUCGCUCCCUGACUCUGGGGCGCUGGGAGCGGCCGCUCCUGGUCUCGGCGGGCUGGAAGCACCGGCGCUCCUGCGGGGACUACUUCCAGCUGGAACGCUCCCAAGAGCAGGCCCCAGCCCUGCAGCCUCCCCGAGCAGCGGGAGGGGACGGCUCCUUCCGUGCACUGGGGCUGGGGCCGGCGCUGGUGUCCGCUCUGCAGUCUCUCUCCAUCACCCAGCCCACGGCCGUGCAGCGCCGCGCCAUCCCAGCCCUGUUGCGCGGGGGUAACGCGCUCUGCGCCGCGGAGACGGGCAGCGGCAAGACCCUGGCCUAUCUCCUCCCACUGUUCCAGAAACUCCUGUCUUGGCCCUUGCUGGGCCCGGCCUGGCCGCCCUCCCCUCGCAGCUUGGUGCUGCUUCCCUCCCGGGAGCUGGCGGAGCAAGUGCGCACCGUGGCCUCCUCCCUGGGCCGUUCCGUGGGACUGCGAGUGCGGGAGAUUGGCGGGGGCCGGGGCAUGGGAAGCGUGAAAAACCAGCUCCGCUCGGAUCCCGAUGCCGACUUGCUGGUGUCCACGCCUGGGGCCCUGUGCAAGGCGCUGCGGAAGCGGAUGGUGAGGCUGGAGCGUCUGUGCUGUCUGGUGCUGGAUGAGGCUGACACCCUGUUGGACCCCACUUUCCUGGAUCUGGUGGAGGAGGUGCUCAUGCAAGCCCCCAUCGCUCACAGCCCUAAGGAGGUGGCUGACCAGUGGGAGACCAAAACCCAGCUUGUGGUUGUCGGUGCCACCUUCCCUGAUGGACUAGGCCAGUUUCUGAGCAUGGUCACCAACCUGGGCCACUUCACUACCCUCACCAGCCAGAGCUUGCACCACCUCCUGCCCCAUGUCCAACAGAAAUUCAUCCGCAUCAAAGGCAGCGACAAGGCAUCCGAGCUACUGCAGCUCAUCAAAGACCAGGGUCCCUCUAACGGAGCCCUUCUCAUCUUCUGCAACAAUGCCAGCACCGUCAACUGGCUAGGCUACAUCCUAGAUGAUCACAAAAUCAAGCACCUGAGGCUACAGGGACAGAUGCCUGCAGCUAUGAGAGCAGACAUUUUCAACACCUUCCAGAAGGGACAAAGGGAUGUCCUCGUCUGCACUGACUUAGCAUCCCGUGGACUGGAUACCAGCCUUGUGGAGCUAGUAGUCAACUAUGACUUCCCAUCCACAUUGCAAGACUAUCUCCAUCGGGUAGGGCGGGUUGGGCGUGUAGGCAGCAAGGUGCCUGGGACUGUGGUUAGUUUUGUAACCCAUCGUUGGGAUGUUGAUCUGGUGAGGAAGAUAGAGAUUGCAGCCCGGAGAAGGACCAGUCUCCCUGGGAUGGAGUCUGCCAUUAAGGAGCCUUUGCCUAAAACAGACUUGACUCAGGCUGACAAACAAUGAAAUGCUAAAGUUCACAUUGGAUUUAGGGUGCUGAUAAUGACUUCUGUUGAAGACUAAAUCAGCUAAACUUAAGCCUGGUCUACACUGGGGGGGGGGGGGGUGUCGAUCUGAGAUAUGCAACUUCAGCUACAAGAAUAGUGUAGCUGAAGUUGAUGUAUCUUAGAUCAACUUAGAAUCACUUUGCGUCCUUGCGGCGCAGGAUUGACAGCAGAGCUAUUGGGGAUCGAUUCAUCACGUCAGAUGUGAUAAAUCGAUCCCCAAUAGAUCGAUCACUACCCGCCAAUCCAGCAGGUAGUGUAGAUGUACUCUGUUUUGUGAGUCAGAAUGAGGAUAUGGGCAAAGAAACAACAUAACAAAAGUGUUAAAGUUACCAGUUCUGCCUGGUUAGUUACUGGGAAGUGCACUGUUGCAUAUCAGUAUGACCUGCUACUUCCUGCUUUUCUAAAUCUAAGCAGAUGUAACAGACCCCACAACUAAUAAAUAAAUGCUAAAUUUUUCCUCGGUUUA